UUUAUAACAUGGACAGAGCGGCGGCGUGUAGUAAGCGUGCCGCCCCGCCUGAUCCACCUGUUACACCUGCCCUGCCUGGUCCCUCACUCCCCCAGCCGCCAACAUGAGCUGGUUUCUGUCGUGGCUGCCAGCUGUGGCCGUGGGAGUUUUCUCCGCUCUGGUCCUGCAGAAACUCUGCUUCCCUUACUUUUGGACGGACCUGUUGUUUCUGUGGAAGGUGGUCCGGUACGGGGUGAAGCUGGAGCUGUUCGGACUAAUGUCCAGCGUGAGGACGGUUCUGGACCGGUUCAUGGAGCAGGCGCAGCGCAUCCCCGACAAGCCCUUCGUUAUUUACGACGGGAGCGUCCACACGUACCGGGAAGUGGACAGGCGCAGCAACCGGCUGGCCCACGUCUUCCUCCGCCAGCUUAAGCUGAAGAAAGGAGACUGUGUUGCCUUGCUCAUGAGCAACGAGCCGGAUUUUCUGAACGUGUGGUUCGGCUUGGCGAAGGUGGGAUGUUCGGUGGCGUUCCUCAACACCAACAUCAGGUCCAGGUCUCUGCUGCACUGCUUCAGCUGCUGUGGAGCUAGAACUCUGAUAGUGGGCUCAGAUUUAGUGGAUUCUCUGGAUGACAUCUUGCUGGAGGACAACAUUCAGGUGUGGACCAUGAGGAGACACAGUGAACACUCAAAAGUACACACUCUGUUGGACAGACUGGAUUCUGCACCUGAUCAGCCGGUUCCUGCUGAGCUGAGGGCCACCAAAUCCCUCAGAACCCCCACUCUCUACAUAUUCACCUCUGGAACAACUGGUCUUCCUAAAGCUGCUGUGAUCACUCACCUGCAGAGCCUGAAGGCUGCAGCAGGUUUCUGGGCUUUUGGAGGAACAGAAGAUGAUGUUGUCUACAUUCCUCUGCCUCUGUACCACAGUGCAGCAUCCCUGAUCGGUAUUGGAGGAACCAUAGAACUUGGAGCUACCUGUGUGUUGAAGAAGAAGUUCUCAGCCUCUCAGUUCUGGAAUGACUGCAGACAACAUGAUGUGACCAUAUUCCAGUACAUCGGGGAACUCUGUAGAUACCUUUGCAACCAGCCCAAGACAGAGAUGGACCAGGAUCAUAAGGUGAGGAUGGGAGUUGGGAACGGACUCCGACAGGAUGUCUGGCGGGAGUUCCUGAGUCGAUUUGGGAACAUUAAAAUGUGUGAGGUGUACGGUUCUACCGAGGGAAACCUGUGCUUCAUGAACCACAUCGGCAAGAUUGGAACUGUGGGCCGCUCCAAUUUAUUCUACAGACUCCUGUUCAAGUAUGACCUGGUCAAGUAUGACAUGAUAAAAGAUGAAGUGGUGAAAGAUCAUCAGGGCUUCUGUCAGCGAGUCAACAGGGGAGAGACGGGGCUUUUGCUGUCCAAGGUGAGCUCCAUCAGCCCAUUCUUCGGCUACGCAGGGAGCAAGCAGCUGACUGAGAAGAAGCUGAUGAGGAACGUUUUUGUAAAGGGCGACGCCUACUUUAACACAGGUGACCUGAUGGCUGAAGACCAGGAGGGCUUCAUCUGCUUUAGAGACCGAGUGGGAGACACAUUCAGGUGGAAGGGUGAAAAUGUUGCAACCACAGAGGUGACGGAGACUCUCGGGCUGGUGGAUUUUAUUCAAGAGGUCAACGUGUUUGGCGUGGAGGUACCAGGACAUGAGGGUAGAGCAGGAAUGGCAGCCUUGAUAGUGAGACCUGGACUAACGUUUGAUGGGAAGAAGCUGUUUGAACACUCAGUGAGGGAUCUCCCAGCGUACGCUCGCCCAAUCUUCAUCAGGCUCCAGGAGGUGAUGGAAAUGACGAGCACCUUCAAGCAGCAGAAGUUUCAACUAGUGCAGAGCGGCUUCAACCCCUCCACCAUCUCCGAUCCACUCUACGUGCUGGACUAUCGACAGAAGAGUUAUGUUCCUCUAACGGAGCAGCUCUACCAGAGCAUUGUCAGUGGAGAACACAAGCUCUAGAACCCAGUGUGAGCGAGCGAGCGAAAGAGAGAGAUUACAUCCUAAAACUGUGAACGAGAUUCUGGACCUUCAGCAGAGAUCCUGCUGUCCUCCUCAAUACGGUUUGAGGAGAACUCUGUGACCUUUGAUGUAUUUUAAACAGACUUUAAUUUUGUUGUUGAUCACACAACUCAUUUAGGUGAAUGAGCUCCUUGAAGCACAGCAGCAUCACUUGGUGUCCAUCCAGCUGAUUAAAGUGAUGAAACAUAAGUCCACAUCAACAUUUCUUCAGUCAUUGAUGAUAAUUGUUCUGUUUGGGAUUUGGAAAUUAAAUGUGCUGAACGUGUGUAGCCUUUCCAGA